AUGGCCGGGCUAUCGAAUAAUAAUUAUAUGAAGUGCUGCUCUGGCGUGAGAAGCCGGUUGCCGCUGCAGAUUCGUGCAGCUGUGCUGCUCGCGCCUUCUGCUAUUGAUGCCAGGGCACCGUCUCGGGAGGCAUCGGUCACUAGUGGAUUAGUAGAGCCAGGCCGGCGUGUAGGUGGCCGACCCAUCGACCUGCUGGGUGACGGCCACAGUAGUGUGUCUUGUCAGAGUGGUAUUCUGGAGAACUGUCCUGCUUUUUCCGUCCAGGUGCUUAAGGAGUGCCUGGAGAAGGAGAAGGCCGAGUCAUUACUAAACGAAGAGGAAGAGAAAGGCCUUGUAAAAUGCGCUGUAGAGGCAGUUGAGAGCAUGGCAGCGGGUGCUGCUCAGAGAAUGGCAGGCGAAAGCGCGCAAGUACCUAUGGAGGUUGCAUGCGGUAGUUGUACCUGGCAAUGGUUGAAAUUAGUAACCCUGGUGCGCCAUAGGUUGUCUAAGCUCAAGUUUAACCAGUUAAUUGAGACCGCCGAGACCAUUUUCAGGAAGCCUCCGGGUAUAAGUAGUUCGUGGUUUCUUGCAUGCCUUUUCUACCGACGUUUACCCGGCAACUGGCUGCGCCAUAUGCUGCCACAGCGGUACCGAGCAGGGCCCUACCCCGCGAGCCAGGGCGGAUGGCUGUGUUCUCAGUUGCUGCAUUUGGUGGCCUUCCCCGAUGGUGUGGACAGCUUGCCGGAGCAACCCGGGUCCAUAGACCUGGUCUGUGCGAGUUCCAAGCUGGAAUGUUAUCUGCGUAACGCCCUCGAUAAUUUUCGCAUCAAAGAAGGCACAUGGUCGCCGCGGGAUCACAGACGUUACAAAAACAUAGUCUCACGGCUUUACCAAUCUUUGGGACCCGAGUUAUUUAACCGCCGAAUUGAUCACUGCAGGAGAAACUGGAUCGUCCCCCCCCCGAGCCUCGUGAUUUCCAACACUUUAUACCUUCGGUGCUUGCUGCAGUAUGUCCGGCUUCCCCCGUCACGGAAUUGCAAGUCAAUAAACUCCUCAGCAGGCGGUGGGCCGUUGGCAGACCCUGGUAGGUCAGGCCGUGAUGGAUUAGCAGACGAUGAUAAGCCGGCGGGCGUUGAUAAGCCGGCGGGCGUUGAUAAGCCGGCGGGCGUUGAUAUGUCGGCUGACGUUGGUAAGUCGGCAGACGUUGAUAUGUCGGCAGACGUUGAUAUGUCGGCAGAGCAUGGUCCUGAUGAGUUAGCAGACGCAGCAGACGCAGCAGGCGGAGCAGACCGUGAUGGUGGACUCUCAAGGUCCAGUGGUUCGCCGGUGGAUGAGGAUAUGGCGAGGUUCCUUGGGUACGUGUUAAAAAUUUGUGGCGAGUCGGAGCGGGAGCGAGAAGCACCUACGGAGGCGGAGAAAGAAGCCGUUGCUCGCCGAGUGAGCAGGUCACUGGUUUUGGCGCUGCAACGGUGGCAUUCAGGCGAGGUGUCAGUGGUUGUGCCGGUCUUCCGGACGUGUGGAUGGCGCUGGCUUCGGCUUGCAGACUGGCUGCAGGAGAAGUUGCCCGGGCUGGCCAAGGAGGGGUUGCCCGGACUACCCGAGAUAGUGGCGUUGGGAGAGAAGAUGGUCCGGCGGCCACCCAGCGUGUCACGUCUUUGGUAUGUUGCUUGUAUAAUGCAGUCUUAUUUCUCCGGCACCAUCAUCCGCAGGAGUUUGACCUCCCUGCUGCGUGAAAAAGUCCUGAAUGAAUUGUGGGACUCGACCCAGACGGUCUACUGCGAAAACUUCCCUUCCGAGUUCUCUCAACUACCGGCGUCCAAGACUUCCAUACAGCUAAUCCAUGUGGCCUCCCGCGUAGGACGCUGGCUCAGGUUAGGUCUGCCCGAGCCCGCCGUUGGUCUUGAGGACACACAAUACGACGACUGGAUAGAGGAUCCUGCACGCCUUGAAAAGUACAGCUACGUAGCAGACUUCGUACAAAAUUUCCUCGGGGAUGCCCUCUUUACACGACUCAUGGACAUCUUCAGGGCCAAAACAAAAUCCAAGUCACUCACUCAAUUGACCAACCACCACUUCUUCGUCUGCAUGCUCAUACGCAGCAAGGUACCCUACCGAGACCAACUUUCGUCCUUCGAGACCUGGACUAAAUCUCUCCUGGGGAAGAAGAGGAAACAUCAACCAUCUCCUCACCGACAUUCUACCCACCGACAACCUUCUGGCCCACAACACCCGCCUGCAGCGGAAUGGUCGAUGGUGGAACCGCCUGGACCAGUCAAACAGUGGCAUCUGCCGUUGAAAAAACGAGUAACAGCUCGGAUGUUGCAAACCCACAGUUUUUGA